AUGGGAGACUCGAAAAGCAACGAAGCGUUGUUGCAGAUCAUUCGAAGUGGUGCUACGACUGACGAGAUUAUACAAUAUGUAAAUGAUAAUCCUUCAAGAGCCAAACGCACCAGGCGCAACAUGUUGGACAUUGUCUCUCUUAUUGACCAACCACUCGUUCGUGUUCCUGCUCAGCCCUGGACAGACGUCGUGCAGGAUGACGAGGCAGUCUCGCACCUAGUGUCAGCUUACUUCGCUUGGAAUCAUUCGACGUAUCCAAUCCUUGAUCGAGACACCUUCACUCGGGAAAUGAAGUCGAAGAAUCUUUCUAGCCAAUUUUGUUCCGAGUUUCUCGUCAAUGCGAUCUUAUGUAUAGGAUGCACAUACACCGAUCAUCCUGUGGCCUUUGCUGAGCAUUCCGACAAUUCAACAAGAGGUCUACACUUCUUUAAGGAAGCUAUGAGGCUAUGGGAGUGCAGCGAAGGCGAAGUAACGCUUACUAAUCUUCAAGGUCUUGUGGCAAUGCUAUGUUGUACAUUCGCUCUAGGGAAGGAUCGCAUAGGCUUGCUUUACACGCCCCAACUGAUCGCCCUGCGUCGGGAUCUGAUCAUGAAAGUCAGAAAGAAUCGAAAGCUUGGCUCACGAGAUUAUGCCAAUCAAGAGUUCAAACGAGCAUACGCUCUAGCUGUUUGGGGCUCAUUCAACAUUGAGGUGUAG